CUCUCUAAAAUCUCUGAGAGUCGCUCAGGUCACUGGAAACGAGGCUAAGACGAAGGAGGAGAUGUUUCACCACUCAUCUAAGUGGCCGAAACCGAAGAAGCCAUGGUUUUCUUCUCGUUUUUCAUUCUCCACAGUCAUAAGACUGACAAAAUUUCAGAUGAAAGGAACCAGACACUAAAUAUUAAUUCUCAACUCCCCCAUUGCUGUUUUGCAAGUUGUGAGUAACAACAAAGACAGAAUCUUUAAGACAGGACUGUUCGUUUAAGGUUUCAUGAAGGUUAUUUCAGUUAUUUAUGAUUAUUCGUGUCCAGCUGUAAAUAUGAAUCCGCCCGCUGUAAUAAUGAUAUGCAGGUUAAUGCUCGGAGACAUGCUCCGGUUAGAGGCAUCUCCGGCUGAGGAGACCUAACAGUUAAAGAUCAGCUGCAGCGCUGCGCGCCACGCCUCCCCGGCUCGACACCUGGCUCCCCAACAGUCCGUCAGCAGCGCUGUUGCAGAGCGGGUCUUCCAGACAGGACCGGCGGAAGAAAAACCGGAGAGGGUGGAAAGAGACCGAGAGCGAGAGAGAAAAAGAAAAAGAAGAAGAAGAAAAAAUCAAACCGCGGAGAAGAGGAGGAAGAGGAGAAUGUGACAACUGCUAGAUGCGGACAGAGUGUGUGCGCCUGGAUACGCUGCCUUUUUUUGGGGGGUGGGGGGGAGGCCUCGGCUCUUGCACCUGUCCCUCUCCGUCUCCGCGGCCAGGCGCAGUUUUGGGCGAGAGCGACGCGCCUUUAUUUAUCAGGCAGGGCGCACAGCGGCGGAGGCGCACACACUGACACGGCACCGUAGGCGCACACACACACAGGGCAGGCAGGCAGGCAGGCAGGCAACAUGACUUCAUCCUACAAUCUGGAUUUUCUUCCCGAUAUGAUGGUGGAGAGCCGCCUGCUUGUUCCCGGAGACAGAAUUAACGGCACGGCCGGGAAGAUGAACGGGGCGCUGGAGCACUCGGACCAGCCGGACCCGGACGCCAUCAAGAUGUUCGUGGGCCAGAUCCCGCGCUCCUGGUCGGAGAAGGAGCUGAAGGAGCUGUUCGAGCCGUACGGAGCCGUCUACCAGAUCAACAUCCUCCGAGACCGCAGCCAGAACCCUCCACAGAGCAAAGGCUGCUGUUUUGUCACGUUUUACACAAGGAAAGCUGCCCUUGAAGCCCAGAAUGCACUGCAUAACAUAAAGACCUUAACAGGGAUGCACCACCCGAUUCAGAUGAAACCUGCAGACAGCGAGAAAUCUAACGCGGUGGAAGACAGGAAGCUGUUCAUCGGCAUGGUGUCGAAGAAGUGCAACGAGAACGACAUCCGGGUCAUGUUCUCGGCGUUCGGACAGAUCGAGGAGUGCCGGAUCCUCCGAGGGCCCGACGGGCUCAGCAGAGGAUGUGCGUUUGUCACGUUUUCCACCAGAGCUAUGGCACAGAAUGCAAUCAAAGCCAUGCACCAGUCUCAGACUAUGGAGGGCUGCUCGUCCCCCAUUGUGGUGAAGUUCGCCGACACUCAGAAGGACAAGGAGCAGCGGCGUCUGCAGCAGCAGCUGGCUCAGCAGAUGCAGCAGCUCAACAGUGCGACCACCUGGGGGAGCCUGACGGGCCUGGGGGGCCUCACUCCACAGUAUCUGGCUGUAAGGGGAGCCGCCGCGUCGCCCACCACCACCACCUCCACCACCUCCACCCUUUACUGCAGCCCCAUGGCCAACGCCGCAGCAUUGCUUCAGCAGGCGACCUCCUCUGGUAACCUCGGAGCCUUCAGUGGGAUCCAGCAGAUGGCCGGUAUGAGUGCUCUGCAGUUGCAGAACCUGGCCACUUUAGCGGCGGCAGCGGCGGCGGCCCAAAACUCAGCCAGCCCCUCCACCGCAAACCCCCUGUCCUCCAACGCCGCCUCCCUGGGAGCGUUGGCCAGUCCAGCGGGCACCACGGCCAGCUCCAACGCCGGCGCCAUGAACUCUCUGACCUCUCUGGGCACCCUGCAGGGCCUGGCAGGCGCCACCGUGGGCCUGAACAACAUUAAUGCACUAGCAGGUAGCGUCAACAUUGCUCAAAUGCUCUCAGGUAUGGCGGCUCUAAACGGAGGCCUGGGCGGCGCAGGGCUCACCAACGGGACGGCGGGCACCAUGGACGCGCUGACGCAGGCUUACUCAGGGAUCCAGCAGUACGCAGCCGCCGCGCUGCCCACCCUCUACAGCCAGUCCUUGCUGCAGCAGCAGGGGGCCGCCGGAAGCCAGAAAGAGGGUCCAGAAGGUGCCAACCUGUUCAUCUACCACCUGCCCCAGGAGUUUGGAGACCAGGACAUACUGCAGAUGUUCAUGCCUUUCGGAAACGUGGUCUCUGCCAAAGUCUUCAUCGACAAACAGACAAACCUUAGCAAGUGCUUCGGCUUCGUCAGCUACGACAAUCCAGUGUCGGCACAGGCAGCCAUCCAGGCCAUGAACGGCUUCCAGAUCGGCAUGAAGCGGCUGAAGGUGCAGCUGAAGCGCUCCAAGAAUGACAGCAAACCGUACUGAUCUUAGCACUAGGGUCUAUCUGCUCCCCAUGUUAGCACUGCUAGGAACAACCCAUCUCCAUGCCUGUUAGCUCAUCGUUUGCCUAGCAUGUCUCCGUGGCGUCCCAAACAAAUAAAACAAACAAAAAAAAAACUUUAAACGAAAACAAAAAUGUCCACCAAACAAAAAAAAAGUGUCAUCGUCCUCCUCCUCCUCCUCCUCCUUCCCCGUCAUUGUUUUUUCUGAUGUCUUUUUUCCGAGCUCACCUGAUCAUAACCUGGUUCUCCUCCUCCUCCUCCGCCGCCUACUGACCUUUUGAACUUUUUGGAUUUUUUUUUAAUUUUUUUGUUUUUUGUUUUUUAGUUUUUGUUGUUGUUUUUUUGCAUGUGACCUCAUUUGGAUUUGUUUGUUUUGUUUUUUUGUUCUGGGAGGGUUUCAGGGAGGUUAGAGAAAUGAAUCAAUGUGAAAAAGAUAUAUUAAAGCUGCAUUCAUAUGAAAUUUUUUUAAGGAAAAACUAAAAUUUUUGUGUUUUUUUUUUGUGUUUGGAGAAAAAACAACAACCUGUGGCAAAGUGAUUUCCAUUCUGUAUGUUUUUCUUGUUAUUUUUUUCUUUUUCUUUUGCUUGAUGUCCUUUUCUGUUUUCUUCUUCUUUUAAAGUAAACUUGAAAGUUCACUACAGGAAUUGGCGCGCGAUCUUGCUUCUGGCACCGAAGGGACAGAUAAAAAAAAAAAAAUUUAAAAUUAUUUGAAAAAAUAAAUAAAUAAAAACCAGAGCGCGGGCCAGAAGCAGUCAGCGCCAGUUUCUCUGAGAAAUAAGACUACUUCCAAACAGUUUUGAAUAAAAACUGUCUGAUCAAUAUUAGACUCUCUCAGAGCUCUCUAAUGGUUUUUACAUUUUUCAGGCAGUGUAAAGUUUUUUGAUAAGGCCAUUUUAAGUGGCUCUGUUUCUCAUUCAAAGUCUAUAUAUAGAACCACUUUUUUCUAGAGUAGUUUAAAGGUAAAAAAAAAAUACAAAAAAGACAUUUGCCCUGUUUGGGGGGGAGAAAUGCUACCUACUUGUGUCACCUUUUGCUGAACUGACUCACAGAUAGACAAUCCGUGGUUUAAAUGCACAUGAUGAAAUGACCUAUAUUUUCUACUGUUUAAAUGUAUAGAGGAAAAAAGAAGUAAUUACCAAGAUACCUGUAAACCCGCGUUAACGUCGGUGCUUCUCGUGAGUUUAGUUGUGGUUUCAUCACAAGUCUAACGGUCUUAAAUGUCUCAUGUUUUUUCAAGAGAAGACUAAAAAAUCAGUUUACUUGAACAAUAGACAAAGCCUUUCAUAUUACUAUAAUAGUUUUCUUUUUUAAUUUUUCUUUUCUUUUUUAAAGGAGUCCCUAUUUGCUAAAUUUCUUGUUGGUUAAUUAGCUAUAUGAAAAUUCCUAAAAAUAUAUAUAAAUAUAAAUAUAUCUAUAUCUAUAUAUAUAUAUAUAUAUAUAUAUAAAUGUCAGCUUGUGAAGCAUCAAUGUCAUUAUUAUUUUAUUUCUCUCGUGGGAAACAAUAUUUAGGUGUGUUUUUGUUGUUCGGCAAAAUGUCUUAUAAAGAAAAAAAACGAUUCGUGUGGAGUUCAGUGCCAAAUUCUGAGGGUACUUCCUGCCUAGCGCGUCAGUGUAUUUCUUGUGAAAAAUUAUUUGAUAACAUGGGUAUUUUAUUAUUAAGUGUUUUGUAUGGAUCCCUCAUAUUUAAAAAAAAAUAUAUAGAUUUAAAAAAAAAAAGAGUUUGUUAACUUGCUAUUCUGUGGUCUUGUUGCCUGAAAAUGUCAUGUUUGCUUUUUUUUUUCUUUGUAAAGAUGUUUAAAACAAAAAAAGGACAAAAAAAAAAGUGCCCAUGUGUCAUCACACACACAAACACACAUGCACACACACUCUUCGUGCAGACCUCACGGUUUUUACUUUGUUGUUGUGCGUGAGAGCCCCUGAGCGUGAAAAGCCUCUGCAGCGACCGCUAGCGGCCGACCACGCGCGUCUCCAGCUAACGUCUCGCCACUGUUCAGCCGCCGCGCUCAUCGAAGCCUUACCACGAAAACUUUGCACUUCCUGCUGUCUCUCGAUUAGCGUCUCGCUACGUGUGCGGCGCGUUGUUUCUGAUUGUUCUUCACCAUAAAAACUGAGGCGCCAGUCGAAAGCCUUACAUCUCCAAAAUCACCUUUUUUUUUUUUUUUUUUUUUUUUUUUUUGUUGUUGACUUCAAAACACCCGCGGUCGCCGUUCGCCCGUUCCCGAUGGCGAGGAUCAUUACACCUCAUCCUUUUUCGUAUGAUGUAAGCACAGGGCAAGAAUUCGCCAAGUCUUUUAAAAGAAGUAGGGGGAGAGAAGACAAAAAAAAAAAAAAAAAAAAAGCACACGGCGUCGCCGGGAGUCAUCGAGAGGCCGGAUGUUCCCGAGCAAGAUUUAGUUUGUAUUUUUUUGGAUCUUUUUUUUCUCCAUACGUGAGUCUCGUGGUGUUUCGGGCCAAAAUCGUGUUUUAGAUGCCAAAGUGUGUUACUGACAUUCUCAUAUAGUCGAGCCGUUUACAUGGCACAGUGUUGUCGGUCUACUCAACUGCCCCACCCGCACCCAACUGUUUCCCCACUAAACCCCCCGCCCCACUCCCUGAAAGCCUAGUUUACGGUCUGCAGCAAAAAAAAAAAAUCAAAAAAAUCAACAAAAAAAAAAAAGAAAAAGGCAGCAUUAUUUUCUACAGAAGCUCACCAGUCGCCUUAACCAGGGAGUGUCGUACCAGUAUUAUAAGAGUAGAAGAUGUUGUCAGUUGUCGGUGAUGUGUGCACAGUUAACCUACCACUUCUGUCGGUUUCGCGCAAUCGUUUUAGGAGCAGAAAGGCUGGAAAAUCGCGUCUGUCUCCCGCCCCUGUCUGAUUGUUGUCUCCUAGGCCAAAGCAAGGGGGUUUAUUAAAAAUAAAAAAAUAAAAAAUAAAAAAACAGGGUCUGUGUGGACAGGAGACGUCUUAUUGGAACGGCGACAGGGGAAAUAAAAGCGGAGGAGGGGUCACGCCGGAGAUGAAGGCAGCAGCAGCUUUCAUUAUCCCCUCAAAGACCAAACCAAACUUUUAUGUCGAUCUCAAGGAGGGAGGCGAGCAGACUUUUUAUUUUUUAUUUAUUUUUCUCUUCCUGAAUCAAAACAAAUGCAGUAGGUGCAUGAGCCACAAACAGCCAUAACUACCUGUACGGGAAAAAAAAGCUGGUACGCCCGGAGGAGUCAACCGGUUUUCUAACCAGCAGGUUUCUCGUUGCACGUUUUUUUUUUUUUUUUUUUUUUCUAAUCGUUACGCGUGGAGGCUACACAUGUCUUUUUUUUUUUUUUUUUUUUAUUAACUUGUCCACGAGUAAAAUUGCCAAAUCGCCGCCAAAUCUCACCGACUUGCGCCGCGCAGAUAUUUGCGCCGUCUUCGUCUUCGUUUCUCGGUGUCGGAAGCACAACGAAAGGGCCGCGGAAGUUCCUGCCGAGCGCCUUCGCCUCAGGGGCUGUCAUCGCCCUGAUGCUCGUUGUAACCUUUCUAUCUUGUCACUGUUCACUUCUCUGUUCUCCUUCUUUACUUAAUUAUCUUAAGUGCUAUUUAUCGAACAAUGAAAUCUGAAAGGAAAACAAAACAACAAAAAAAAAAAAUCAAACUUGUCGUUUCUUUGCAUUAUGUCGAGUUUUUUGAGGAAAAAAAAAUGUUUUGUGUGUUUCUCUCUUUCCGUGGCGUGAAAACAAAAAAAAAAAACAAAGCUUGUUGUCUGUAGAAAUGAUCCCAAGUUUACUAUUAUUAUUAUUAUUUUUUUUUGUUUUUCUUAUUAAUUAAUAUCCUUGUUGUUGAAUUUUGUUUUUCGAUUCUCGGAUUCUUUUCCAGUAGUUUCAAAGUUAUUGUCUCGAGAGAAGCCAAAGUCAAAUGCAUUUCAGUGGAUCCUGUAAAGCGUGAUGUAUGUUUGUUUGACAACACUUCGAAAUCUGUCACUGGAUGGGAUUUGAAAAGUACAAAAAAAAAAAAAAAAAAAAAAAAAAAUGCAGGCUUUCCUAUUUCUACAACUGAUUGUAAUUAUGCAUUUUGUACCAGUGGAAUUUUUUAUACUGGAGAUUAAAGGAUACAUCAAAAAAAAAAAAAAAAAAAAAAAAAAUCUUAGAAAAAAAAAAGCUGUCUGGCCUGGUGGUGUGGCCUGACCCCUGACUGGUCCCCGAGUAUGAUUUCUAGUUGGCGUCAAGGAAGUUGGCUUUUGAUAUAAGAUUUUCUAGGAGAUCUUUGGCUUUAUUUCUUUCACUUCUUUUUCCUCACUUGAGUGUUCUUCCUUUCCUUUCCUUUCUUUUUUCUUUGUUUCUUUUUUAGUUUCUUUCCCGAAAAACAGAGGCUAGGUGAGCGUCAAGACCUUUCAUUUUUUUUUGCUUUAUAAAUAGUUCUAGCGAGUUUGUCUAUACAGCAGCGGUAAGUUUCAUUUAUGACUUUCUGUAUUGUGCCGUCUACACGAUAAGACAAUUAUAGAAAAAGAAGGAAUAGAAAUAUUUAGUCACCUUCAGUGGUUUAAUGUAUUAGUUUAAUAAAGAGAUCAACUAAUUAGAAGAUUUUUUGCUUUUAGCUGUUUAGAUUUUUCCGGUUUCUCUGUCCUUCUCUGUGAACUAACUGUGUAGCUGAAGCAGUCAGAAUUAUUUUUGUAAACGUAUGUUCUUGUGUGAUGCAGUUUUUUGCUUCUGUCUCCUAUAUUAAACCAUUUUUCCUAAUA